CUGACCUCUUCACCCCCUCUUAUACAUCACCCCUCACCUCCCCCUCCUUCUCCUUCCCUUCCCCGGUCUACAGCUUUCACAGCCAUGGCUCCGUCCGCGCUGCCCGCACUGCUGUUGUUGCUUGCCACUGCGGCGACCGCCGCAGUCAUUCCCGAGCCUACCCGUACCGUCUCCCUCCCAGAUGUCGCUCUCCAGCGCCCACACGUCACGCGGGCUCCCAUCAUGUUCGAUGGCGACCGCAGUUACUACGCAAUCGAUAAAAGAAACGUUCUUUCCGACAUUGCUUCUGGUGUUGACAGCGUUGCGAAGUCAUGGGGCAGUGUACUAGGCACUGAUCUUCCAAGCUUCUUUACCGAGGGCAUCCCCAAUUGGUUCCAGGAUCUUCCAACGGGUAGUGAGGUGCUUUCGCGCCUCGGCGUUGACGACGAUUCUCUCGCAUCCAAACCCACCGAAGUUCUGAACAUACCGCCAUAUGCCAAUUGGACUGAUCGCGGUUGGAAUGUACGCUUCCAUGGAAAUGUUUACAAAAUCCCCGACAUCGAACAGAAGAAGGUGGAUGAACUUGCCAACAUCUUCUUGAUCGACACAAAAAUCGAAGACCUUCCCCAGGACCAGCAGGAACAGGCCAGAAACCUCACCCGUUCCAUCUUCAUCGUACAACAAGGGGAAAGGAACGUGUCCUUCCAUCUAGAGCCCUCUCCGCUGCAGGGUGCUUCCGGUCAGCCUGGUGGAAAUCCAGCGUCCACCCCUCAGAAUGGAUCUGAGGAAGUCCGAUUCCCAUAUGAGACCACUUCCCAGGGCGACUUUGAUGCGUUCGUGCAGAUUCAGAACAUAUCGGGCAGCGGGCUUCUUGCAGGAAACGAAACAGAAACAGUUCAACGCCUGAACGUCUACACCAACGGCACUCUGACGGGGAAUGCUACCGCCUACCUUGUUCCACCUAAAGGCAUCACUUUCAUCUCCGACAUCGACGACAUCCUCCGAGUGACCAAGAUCUACCAGCCCAAAGAAGGCUUACUUAAUUCUUUUGCACGCGCAUUCACGCCAUGGAUGAACAUGCCAGAGAUUUACGCCAACUGGUCUCAAUCUUUGCCUGACAGCACUCAUUUCCAUUACCUUACUACUACCCCCGAGCAAGUCACCAGAAAUUACAUGGACUUUAUCUUCAAAACAUACCCAGGAGGCUCUUUUGACACUCGCCCUUUAAACUUCUCCGAUGUCCAAGCCACGCUUUCCAUUCGCAAAUUCCUUUUGACCAAAGUAUUCGAAACCUACCCGGAGCGAAAGUUUGUUCUUGUCGCCGACACAUCCAACUCGGAUGUGAUGAAGGCAUACCCCGAGCUUGCGCAUGACUAUCCCAAUCAAGUGCAGUGCAUUCUUCUCAGAAAUACGUCGGCUACGGAUGCUGAAAAUUGGUUUCCGUACGACACCUCGGGCUUCGAGGGUUUGAACAAUAAGAGCUACAUGUUCUUCAAGGUGCCAGACGACCUUCGCAAUCUGGAUAUAUCCGGCGGACACUGCCUGAACGAGACUAUACCUCAGAACGUAACCUUUUCCCGGCAAGCAGAGACUUUUGGUGAUAAAAAUGCUGCCCAAUCCCUCCAAGGGAGUGCAUCUUUUGGUUUAUUCGCGGCAUUGAUGGCUUCUGUUUUCCUACUCCUCUAG